CGACGCGGGUUGUAAAAGUUUGCUAUACAUAUUCCUAAAGAAAUUAAAAUAAAAUAUGGAUCAGGAGGUGAUGGAUUUCUUCGAUUUCUCUAAAGAAUUUAAGCGCGAGGUUGCUCCGCAGGGUUCUAUUAGUAAUCCUAACAAGAAAGCAGUGGAAUCUACUGAAUCGAAAGCGGUAAAGCGUGAUGUGAUCGGUACUGAAUAUGUUCAUAAAAUCGUGGCCAAGGAAAAGCAUCGUCUCAAUAGGACUCUGCGCGACGAAUGCCCUGAAAGUAAAAGAAAUCGUAGCAAUGACGACUUGGAUUCGGACGAUGAGGGAGAAGAGUUCAAUAUCCGACCGGAUGAGGAGUAUUACAAAAAGUACACGUUUAAUCUGAAUCGCGACAAAAAUCUUCCGAUUUAUGCAAAACGGGAGGAGAUUUUGGCGGCCGUCAAAGCUCAUCCUGUCGUUAUCCUUAAAGGCGAAACAGGAUGCGGAAAAACUACGCAGGUACCCCAAUAUAUUUUGGACGAGGCCGUUAAGAGCGGCCAAUACUGCAACAUUGUGGUAACUCAGCCUCGACGCAUAGCUGCCAUAUCCAUGGCUAAUAGGGUGUGUCAGGAACGCCAAUGGCAGCCGGACACUGUAUGCAGCUACCAGGUGGGACUGCACCGCCCAGCAACUCUGGAGGACACUCGGCUUCUUUACUGCACUACCGGAGUCUUGCUCAACAAUCUGAUACAUAACAAGACGCUAACCCACUACACUCACAUUGUGCUGGACGAAGUGCACGAAAGGGAUCAGGACAUGGACUUUCUGCUUAUCGUUGUCAGGCGUCUGUUAGCCACAAACUCGCGCCAUGUAAAGAUUAUCCUAAUGUCGGCCACGAUCGAUGCCAAGGAACUAUGUGAUUAUUUUACCACCAAGAACUCUAUUCCACCGGUGAUCGCCGCCAGUUAUGGACGUAAAUACUCAAUCGAGAAGUUUUACCGUGACCACUUGGGCAGUAUUAUGUGGAAACAAGAAGAUGAAGAUCAGUAUAUUCCACGCAUCACAGACGAAGGCUACAGGGCAGCAGUAAAAAUCCUACUUGUUAUUGAUAAUAUGGAACGAGAGUGUGCAAAUCAGUCGCAACAGAGCUACGACGAAGCUAAGCGCCAUGGAGCUGUUCUCGUCUUUCUGCCCGGUGUCUUCGAGAUUGACAACAUGGAAGAACACAUUACUUCUAUAUUGCAAAAUGACCAGAACAUUAAGGUUUUCGUUGUGCGCUGCUUUUCCCUGAUGACCCCGGAGAAUCAACGGGAUGUGUUCCGGUCUCCGCCUAACGGUUUUAGAAAGAUCAUUCUGACGACUAACAUAGCAGAGAGCUCCAUCACCGUGCCAGAUGUGUCCUAUGUUAUUGAUUUCUGUCUUACCAAAGUACUGAUCACCGAUACAGCCACCAACUUCAGUUCUUUACGUUUAUCCUGGGCCUCUAGAGCUAAUUGCCGCCAGCGAGCUGGACGCGUUGGACGCCUUCGAAGUGGACGUGUCUAUCGGAUGGUUAAUAAAUCAUUUUAUCAGAGGGUUAUGUCAGAGUUUGGAGUACCAGAAAUGUUGCGUCAGCCCUUGCAUAUGUCGGUGCUCAGGGCUAAAGAGCUUGAAAUGGACUCACCAGUUGAUCUAUUGGCUCUGGCUCUUUCGCCUCCAAAUCUCGAAGACAUACAAAAUACAAUUCUGCUAUUAAAGGAGGUAGGUGCAUUGUUCCCAACUGUCGAUGGCGUCUACAACGUAUUGGAUGGCGACAUAACCUACUGGGGCACCAUCAUGUCUCGGUUACCGUUGGACACAUAUCUGUCCCGUUUCAUUAUAUUGGGUUAUGUAUUUAACUUACUAGAAGAAGUAAUUAUCAUAGCUGCCGGCUUAUCUAUGCGUGGCUUAUAUGUGAACGAAUGUGGUAGGCAGAAAGGAUCAGACUCAUUCUGGAUGCACUACAUAUUUGCCGAUGGAUCGGGCUCUGACUUGUUGGCCAUUUGGCGCGUUUAUCUCACAUAUUUGAACAUGGUGGAAGAUGGCCAAGUGCAGGAAUCUGCUAUACGCUGGGCGAAGCGUUUCCACGUCUCCUUGAGAUCGCUUAAGGAAAUGCAUCUGCUUGUGCAAGAGCUACGGGUACGAUGCAAAAAACUAGGACUGAUGCCAUUUUCAAUUGAUCCUAGCCAGAAGUUGAGUGAUAAUCAAAAAGUUAUCAUCCUCAAGGUGAUUAUCGCUGGUGCUUUCUACCCAAAUUAUUUCAUGCGAUCAAAAGGAUCGAAUGAAGAACCAGGUCGCGAUAUGUACCAAGUAAUAUCUGGACACGAUCCCUGCCGUACUGUAUACUUCACCAACUUCAAACCCGGCUAUAUGGGCGAACUGUACACUAGGCAAAUCAAGGAUCUAUUUAGCGAGGCCAAGAUCUCAUCGGAAAACAUCGAUGUUACCUUUCAACACGGUUCUCAGAAAGUUUUCGUCACAUUCAAGGAUGAUGAUUGCAAUACGAACAUUUCCAGUUUUAUAAAUGUCUCGGGUAGGAUCAAAAGUGAAGUCUACAAAGCGGUCAGAAUGAGACUAGAUCGCAUGCAACGUCCAAUACGAAUAAUGGAACAGAAUAAGUUUUUUGACUACGUAAAACAGCAAAAGAUUGGAGAUAUAAUAGAUGGUUGUUGGAUCCCACCCGCCAGGACCUUAAACGUUGAGCUCCUCGCUUUACCAUCUGUCUAUGACAAGACUAUUACGGGGUUGAUAACUUGCAUUGUUAACUGUGGCAAGUUUUAUUUCCAGCCUCAAUCUUUCGCCGAGUGCAUACGCAAUAUGUCAGAAAUUUUUAAUGUUCCUCAACAUCUGCGAAGACGAGUUUUUAACGCAGAAGUCAUAGGGAAGGGCAUGAUGCUUUUGGCCAAGCGGAAUAAUCAUUUUCAGCGUGCCACAGUGAUCCGACCCGAAAACCAGAACAGUCGAAAAUCCAGAUUUUAUGUUCGUUAUAUUGACUACGGAGACAUUGCCGUGCUUCCCAUGGAACUGUUGCGUUUGAUGCCGGAAGAGCUGUUCGGGCAGUUCUUCGAUCUGCCACCACGUGUGUUCGAGUGCAGGCUGGCUCUUGUUCAGCCCUCCAUAGUAGUCAGCACCAAUAACCGUUGGCAUGCCGCGGCUAAUGAUAUGCUUAACUCGAUGGCAAAUUUAGGCCGCAUUGAUAUAGAUGUGUAUUCGCUGUUAAAUAAUGUGGCAGCUGUUUUCAUUCGCACGAGUGAGGGCUUACUUAACGACAAGCUCGUAGAGCUGAAGCUGGCUCGUCGGGCAGAUGAAGAUUUUAUGUCUCGACAGGAUCAUGACUUUCGGCUGCGCAAACAAGAAUCUGCUCGCUACUCAACCUCAGCCGAGCGUCAGCAAGUCAAUGAGGAAUAUCUGCGGUCCUGUCAACUACCCCAAGAUCUAGAUCUGCCACCGCCGCCACUGGAUAAAUGCAACACUAUCGUUAUGUUGAAGGGACCCUACAGUCCUUUAGAGUCUGCCAUGCAUUCCACCACUCGUGUAGGCUUGUUGAAAUCAGUAAAAAUAGAUAGUGCUUCUGUAAAUGCUGUUCUCCUGGACGCAGAUCCACAAGAUCAUCAUGAUCAGAUGAUUGUGGCCCAUGCUACCGUGGAGAGUCCCGAUGGUCAUAUCCUGAAUGCUCGUGGAACUACUCUAAUGCCCAACAUACACGGAUUUGGUGCACUUAUGGUAAUGCUAUUCUGUCCCACAAUGCAACUCAAAUGCAAUAAAUAUGGCUCCAAGUAUGUGUCUAUAUUGGCGGGUCUGGGUUUUGACCCUGAAACCAAUGAGUCUUAUUUUGAAGAGCACGAUAUGGUAAUUAAUUUGGACGUCAACAUUCUCGAAGAUGAUGUGAUUUUGAUCAAUCAAAUGCGCUAUUUGAUAGAUAGGUUCUUUUUCAACUUUAAAGACGAGAACUCUCCAGCGGUUAGUGCUAAUGAACGUGUUUCUAUUUAUACACAGCUGAUCAGCUUGACUAUUUGGCUAUUGAGCAAGGAUCGCAGCUAUAUCGAACAAAAUGCGAGCAACUCCGAUUACGUAUGGGAAAAAAGCGAUAUGUUGUCAAAGCAGCCAGAGCCUUUCGGCAAGAGGGCCAUAUUCCCAAUGCACACUGUUCCUGAGCUUGUAGAGGAGGAUUUUGAUCAAUUGAUGCAAUUAGUGGAGAACUGCAAGAAGUUGUACGAAUGGCGUACUUUUGAAGGCACUUUAAUUCCGAUGACUUGUAAGCUGUGCAACCAAUUGUUGGAAUCAGUUUCUCAACUUCGUAUGCAUUUGCUCACUCAACAGCAUCGCGAUCGUGAAAAACAAAUUGACUAUCAGAAGAAACAUAAUCAUAAUAUAAUAUAAUAUUGACGAGAGUAAUGUUGUUGUAUUAACACUCAAAAAGAAUAACUUACAAAAAGGUCACAAAUCAAAUUUUAUUAAAUACUAUUUCAUGUAGCAUUUCUUUAAUGUUUGCUUCUGUGACCAAAUUAAAAACACUGUAUCGACCCAUUUUUCUGUAAUUUUAAAUGAUCUCAUUUCUUAUAAUUACACUUUGUAACCUGUUAAUUAUAACUUUUCUUAACUUCUAUAUCGUUAUAUUAUUAAAUAUAAGGAUA